GACCUCCCAGGAGUGCCCAGAGACCUGCACAUCGCCUUCUGGCCGCAGUGGCUCCUACGAGCUGCACGGCGAAGCCGCUAAAAGCCUUGGUAAGGCCAAGUACUUUGUGAGCACCGACUGUGCAGCUGCCUUGGCCGAUCGCAGCCCCACUGCCAACCUCGACCCUCUGAAUGGCUCCUUCGUGGCAGUCUUCGUAGACCCCGUCCUCAUUAACAAGAUCCGUGCUGGGACGUCGGACAAAGCCAAGCUCUGUGCAGCUCAGAGCGACGAGGCCCAUUGCGUUUGCAAGCUGACGGGUGAACGGCCGCUGGGUGUGCUGGGACGCAUGUUGGUGGCACUUCCCCACUCGAAGAAAGCGCAGGCACUGCAGAUUUCCAUGGAGAGCUGCCCGGAGGGCGUGCCUGACCUCCUGGCUGGCACUGUGCUGGCAAGCCUCGUCUUGACUCUUGGCGUGUCUGUCUGGAUGCUGCACAUGGCCCGGGCCAGAGAGAGGCUGCAGGAGCCCGUGGCGCCUCCUCAGAUUCUUGCGGAGGUGAAGAGCCCGAUGCACAACUUCCUCAGCAGCUACUCCUGGGCAGCCGGCUUUCUCCUCUCCUUGAUGGCCUUGCAGACGGGCGCCCUGGCAGUGGUCCGGAAGUCCUCCGAAGAAGAGGCGCCCGUGUGGAUCGUCGCGGCCUGCCCCGCCGCCCUGGCACUUGCAGCUGCCCUGCGCCUGUCGCAGCUUCUCGCGAAGAAGCAGCUGGUACACGCAUUCCUGAAGUGGAACAUAAUCAUCACUGAUUUGCCGGAUGACGUAAUCCUCGACGCCGUGCUCGUGGUCGGCAUCCUUGCAUACUUCCUCUUCGUCCUCUACCUCGUGAGCAUCGACUUCCAGACACUGGUGUUCGCCUUGACCGCUCUGGGCGGAUCAUUGUGGACGGUCCUCAAAGCGGUGGGCACUGCGAGGGACUUGGACCAAGGUUUACAACUCGUCGAGAUCAACCCGGCAUCGCUUGUGAGGAGCGCGGAAUCGCUGAGCAUGAAGCCGCUACCCUGGGCGACACUGCUGGCGCUCAGCAGAAUGGAGGACUCCGCUGACAGA